AUGGUUGCCGCUGCAGCCGCUGGAUACAGAGCAAUUGCCUUUGAUUUUAGGGGCUAUGGGCUCUCCCAACAGCCUCCUGAGCCUGAGAAGGCGUCUUUUGAUGAUCUUGUGGUUAAUAUCAUUGGAGUUAUGGACAGUUUGGGCAUCAGUAAGUUUAACCUGUUGAAUCAAAUUGGUAGCUUAACUGUCUUCAAGCUGGAGAGGGUUCCGAGAAAUGGGACUGAACUGAACCCAGAUGGCUUUUCUAGUAGGGAAGACUUUGGAGCUCUUCCGGCAUUCCAGGUAGCCGUGGUCCACCCUGAAAGGGUGUCUGGUGUCAUAAUACUGGAUGCCCCUUUCACUCCACCAGGGAGAGCUGAAGCAGAUUUUGGUCGCUUUGAUGUUAAGACGGUGAUAAGAAACAUCAACAUUCUGUUCUGUAGAAGUGAGCUCCAAGUAGCUAGUGAUGACCAGGAGAUCAUGGACUUAGUUGAUCCAUCUACCCCUCUACCGGUAUGGUUCACCCAGGAGGACCUCAAAGUCUACUCAAGUCUAUACGAGAAUUCCGGGUUCCAUACAGAUUGCGGUGUGAAGGAUCCGAAAAUUACAGCUCCAGUGCUGCUAAUCGUGGGUGAAAAGGACUAUGUUCUAAAAUCCCCACGGAUGGAGGAAUAA